AUGGGCCGUCUUGAUGGGAAGGUCAUCAUUGUGACCGGGGCAGGUGCUGGCUUUGGGCGUGGUAUCGUCCAAAAACUCACAGCAGAGGGUGCAUCCGUACUAGCCGUCGACAUCAACGCGAAGGAAAACGACUCAACGGCAUCAUCCUGUCCAGGCGGCACUUGCCACGCUUUUAGCGCGGACAUUACGCUCGAGACCUCCUGGCGGGACAUUCUCUCCACAACAUUAUCAAAAUUCUCGAACCGCCUCGACGUCGUCGUCAACUGUGCAGGUGUCGUGCACAUUGCGGCCCCGUCGCACGAAGUCCCUGAAGACCAGUUCGACCUCAUGUUCAAGGUCAAUGUCAAGCCCUUGUAUCUGAGCACCAAGGUCAUCGUACCCUGGUUCAAGGGGAACAAGGUGGCGGGAUCGUUUGUCAAUCUGAGCAGUAUCAGUGAGCCGAGGCCGAGGCCGAAUUUGGUGUGGUAUGCUGCGAGUAAAGGAGCAGUUACAGUGACGACGAAAGGCCUAGCUGCAGAGUAUGCGGUCGAUCAGAUCAGGUACAAUUGCAUUCGUCCCGCUGUUGGUGAGACUGCCAUGCUACCAAGAGUGCUCGGUGGGCAAGACACACCCGAAGGUCGUAAGAAGGUGCUUGGAACAGUUCCGCUGGGUCGAGUGUGCCAACCGAGUGACGUGGCGAACAUGGUCUGUUUUUUGGCGUCAGAUGAGGCUAGCUAUAUCACGGGGGCUGCAUUUGACGUCGAUGGUGGAAGAGGUGUCAGCUGA